CGCAAACCCUUUUUGUUCAUUCAUUUUCAAUUCACAUUUUUCUUUUACUAUCCAGAUUCGACGACGGCCGAUUCAGACACACACACUACUAUUACUACAUUUGUAAAUAUGGCGCAGCGCUUCGGAAGCUUUAAAGUUUACUUUCCCAAUAUCAUAUUCAAGAUAAUUCCCGAUGCGCGCCUAAGCAAAAACCAGGCGGCCUUCCGCGUCCCUCUGAACGUCAACAAACUAGAUAUCAAGGACUACCUGUCUCACAUGUAUAAUGUGACUAUCACUGAUGUGCGUACAACCGUGUUUCCUGGAAAGGUAUCGACCAACCGAUUCACUGGCCAGAAGGAGCGCUCGUCGCGCGUCAAAAAGGCCAUUGUGACAACCAAGGAGACCUUUGAGUACCCGCAGGAGGCCGACAUUGACAAGGACUUUGGUGGACUCGAGAUCAAGUAUGAGGAGAAGCGGAGGGCUAACAAGCUCAAGGGAUGGCGCAUUCGCCCGACGAUGGAGAUGAUGUCGCUCAGGCAAAAGAUUCUCGAGAACCGCAAGGCUGCGGAGAAGGAAGCUGAGAAGCAAAAGUGAUUGUGUACUCUUCAAAAUCUUAUUAAAAAAGUUUACGGUGUUUGGCGAACCAACUCUAUAUUUAUUAUAUUACGCGGCUUUGCAAGCCAACUCGACCAAAUGAAAUAUACUAUAACAAAU